AUGUGGGGGAAGGGACGGGAGCUCCACAUUGACCCAAAAAAAUCAACGGCGAUAAAAAUCUCCCCAGACUGCCCACUUCACCCAUUUUUCCCACGAGCCGCCUUGCAACAACGACUGCCCCCCCCCCCCCAGACAAUUCAUCUGCUGGGAUUUCCUGACCCGACUCUCCCCGCGCUAUCGCCACUGUCACUGUCAGUAAAUCAACAGCGCAAAAAGAUGGCGGACGAAGAAUUGCAGGAGCGUCUCCGCGGCAACUCCCAGGCCUUCAACAGCUUGUUGUCGCUCAUCCCCGGAACACUGUACUAUGGGGAGGAUACCAGUGAUCAGUGGAAGAAGAAGAAGCAGACCAAGGAGGAAGCCCGGGCCGCCAAGCGCAACAAGUUGGACCCCGACAGUGAACGUCACCGGAACGCCAAGGAUCUCAUGGAGGAGAAGGCGCGCAACAAGCGCAAGCUGAAGGAGCUCGAGGAUGAGGACGAUAGCCACAACUCCAACGACGAGGACGACGACUUUGAGAUUGAGGGUAUCGAGAAAGAGAAGCCGCUCGAGGGGUUGAAGAGAAAGGAUACACCCGCCGCCAAGGAGGAAGAGGAGGAGUCGCCUGUCAAGAAGCAAAAGGUCGUCGCCGAGGAGCCAGCCGUCGGGCAAACCCCUAGCAAAGAUGCGGCCACGAAGGAAUCCAAGAAGUCUGCGAAGAAGCAAAAGAAGGAGGAGGCCAAGAGGUUAAAGAUGGAAGCGGCUGCGCCAAGCAAGGCUGCUACCAAGAGGGAUGAGGAGCCCGCUGUUCGGGAAUCUACCGAAGCCCCCGACAGCGAUGGCGAGGAUGACGAAAUGGUUCCUAUUGAUGUUUCUGGUCUGGUCACAAAGGAGGACGACAACACGUCAGAAACCACGAGAGAUACCCCGGCGUCCGACGCCGCCAGAACCGACUCUUUAGCCGCUAGCAGCACGACUUCCAUCUCCUCGGCCGUUCCACCGUCCGAAAGGCCAAAGGGUCUCAAAACUCCAGCUAACCCGGAAAACAUUGCGAAACUUAAGGAGAAGCUCAACGCCAAGCUCCUCAGCCUGAAGAUCGCGCGCAAGGCGGCCGACACGGAAGGAAAUGCGAUCAAGAACAAGGAAGACCUCCUCGAAGCGCGGAGAAAACUCGCGCUCAAGCGUAAGGAGCGCAAGAACGAGAUGCGCAAGCAGGCCAAGAUUGAGGAGGAAAAGAAGAGGGAAGCUGCCCUCGCCACAGCCCGGGACUCGCCCGCGUUGUCCUCGUUCCUCCAAGAAGACGACAAUGUCGAGACAAACUUUGCCUUUGGCCGCCUUCGCUUCUCGGACGGCACUCAGCUCUCUCACGACGCCGCCUACGAAAAGACACCCGGCUCCGCCAAGAAGAAGGGCCCCUCGGACCCGAAGACUGCGCUUUUGAAGCUGGAGAACCAGAAGAAGAGGAUCGCCAACUUGCCGGAGGAGAAGCAGAAGCAGGUGAUUGAGCAGGAGGCUUGGCUGGCGGCGAGGAAGAGGGCGGAGGGGGAGAAGGUGAUUGACAAUGAGGCGCUGCUCAAGAAGGCGAUCAAGCGGAAGGAGAAGGGAAAGAAGAAGAGCGAGAAGGAGUGGAAGGAGAGGAAGGAGGGGGUGCAGAAGAGCAUUUAUGACAGGCAGAAGAAGAGGGAGGAGAAUUUGCAGAAGAGGAAGGAUGAGAAGAUGGCGAAUAGGAGGGGAAAGGGGAAGGGGAAGAAGGGGAAGGGGGUGCAGACUAAGAAGAAGGGGGGGAGGCCGGGGUUUGAGGGGAAGUAG